GCUGUGACGGCGUUAGCGGCCGCUGCGCACUGUAGGGGGACGGUCGCGCUGCCUUGCUGCCUGGGAUGUCCUGCUUCUACCAGGCUCUGCGCCAUGCGUCCGGAGCCCGGGCGGCGGGGCCAGGCGUGGAGGAGAAGGACAUAUACCGGUGGGGGCUGACAGGCAUUAAGCUUCGUCCUUAUCAAAUAGAAGGUGUAAAGUGGCUGGUGCAAUGCUAUGAAGUCCAGCGUGGCUGCAUCCUGGGUGAUGAAAUGGGUCUUGGAAAGACUUGUCAGACUAUUUCUCUGCUUACUUAUUUAGCCCAAAAGUUAACGAACAAAGAGUCAUUUCUGAUACUUUGUCCUCUGUCUGUUCUGAGCAACUGGAAGGAAGAACUGGAGAGGUUUGCUCCAGGUCUUUCAUUUGUGACAUACGUAGGCAACAAGGAGGAACGAGCCAAACUGCAGGGUAACUUGAAAGGACAAUCUAAUUUCCACGUGCUCUUAACAACUUAUGAGAUUUGCCUCAAAGAUGCAGUAUUUCUAAAAUGUUUUAAGUGGGCUGCCUUGGUUGUAGAUGAAGCCCAUAGACUGAAAAAUCAGAGCUCUCUGCUUCACAGGACGCUUUCUGAGUUCUCAGUAGGCUUCAAUCUACUGCUCACAGGCACUCCGAUCCAGAACUGCCUUCAGGAACUGUACUCCUUACUCAGCCUUAUUGACCCUGAUAUCUUUCCUCGGGAGCAAGUAAAAGAGUUUGUUGAGUACUACCAAGGGGUUGAAAAGGAAAGUGAGCCAGCCAAAGAAUUGCACAAUCUUCUGCAGCCAUUUUUGCUUCGAAGAGUGAAGUCUGAAGUGGCUGCAGAGCUCCCAAAGAAGAUGGAAGUGGUUCUGUAUCAUGGAAUGUCAGCUCUCCAGAGGAAGUACUACAAGGCCAUUUUGAUGAAAGAUCUAGAUGCAUUUGAAAGUGAAACAGGAAGCAAAGUUACACUUCAGAAUGUCUUAGUUCAGCUUCGGAAAUGUGUUGCCCACCCAUACCUUUUCAAUGGUGUUGAGCCAGAGCCCUUUGAGAUUGGAGACCAUAUUGUUGAAGCUAGCGGAAAGCUGUACUUAUUGGAUAAACUCCUUUCAUUCUUGUAUGCUGGUGGCCAUCGUGUCUUACUCUUUUCUCAAAUGACUCAACUGCUUGAUAUCCUGCAAGACUACAUGGACUAUAGAGGCUACAGCUACGAGCGUCUGGAUGGUUCUGUUAGGGGUGAAGAGAGACACCUUGCCAUAAAGAACUUCGGUCAACAGCCCAUCUUUAUCUUCCUGCUGAGCACCAGAGCAGGUGGAGUUGGCAUGAACCUGACAGCAGCGGAUACAGUUAUUUUUACUGAUAGUGAUUUUAACCCACAAAAUGACUUGCAAGCAAUAGCAAGAGCUCACCGGAUUGGUCAGCACAAGCCUGUAAAAAUUAUCCGCUUGAUUGGGCGAGAUACAAUUGAAGAAAUAAUCUACCGAAGAGCUGCUUCCAAGCUCCGGCUGACAAAUGCCAUUGUAGAAGGAGGUCAGUUUGCUCUGGGAGCACCAAAGCCUCAGGGAGCAGGAGAGUUACAGCUGAGUGAAAUCCUGAAAUUUGGCUUGGAUAAAUUGCUCUCAUCUGAGGGGAGUACUAUCCAGGAUGUGGAGCUAGAAAACAUCCUUGGAGAAACAAAAGGAGGGAUGUGGGUAAUGGAUGUUGUACUGCCACACGAAGAUGAAAGUGAAGAGGAGGACAGAGAAAAUCACAUGUAUCUGUAUGAAGGUAAAGAUUACUCAAAGGAAGUCAGCAGAGAAGACAAAAAGGCAUUUGAUCAGCUUUUGGAUCUUCAGAAAGCCUUGAUUGAAGAGACCCACAAGGAAGGGAGAGCUCUCCGGAACAAAGCAAAUGUCCUUCUCACAGGACUCCGUGAACAGUCAUCCAGGAGAAAGCACUUGCUGAGCACAGAGGAGCUGGAGGCUAGGAGAAAGAAGCGCCAAGAAGCAGCAGUAAAGAGAGCAAGGCUCAUGGAGGAAAAGAGGAAGGCAAAAGCAGAAGCAGAAUACAAGAAAAAGAUGGCCUGGUGGGAGGCAAAUCAUUACACAUCUACUUGUCUCCCUUCAGAGGAGAGUGACUCUGAGGAAGAGCUUGAGGAGGGUGAUGCUGGGCUAAAUGUGGAUUUAGAUUACAGAGAUCCAGACCUGAGCUGUAUCAAGUACGUCAUGGGAGAUGUCACCUACCCCAUAGCAGAAGAGGAGGAUGUCAUCAUUGUCCACUGCCUAGAUGACUCUGGCCGCUGGGGACGGGGCGGUUUAUUUACAGCUCUGGAGGCUCGUUCUGAUCAGCCAAGGAAAAUAUAUGAGAUGGCAGGAAAGAUGAAAGACCUGGAGUUAGGAGGAACUCUGUUAUUCCCCAUUGAUGACAAAAAAUCCAGGAAGAAAGGACAAGAUUUGUUGGCCUUGAUUGUAGCUCAGCAUCGGGAUCGGUCCAACAACUUGUCUGGCAUUAAGCUACCUGCUUUGGAAAAAGGCCUAAGGAAGAUUUAUUCAGCAGCUAAGAAAAUGAAUGCAAGUGUGCAUCUUCCACGUAUUGGGUAUGCAACAAAAGGUUUCAACUGGUAUGGUACUGAGCGGCUCAUCCGAAAAUACCUGUCAGCACGAGCUAAAUGAACUGGCACUUUUCCAGCAGGCCGGCUGGUGGCACUGUUAAUCAGCUGCAGCAGGCAUAUGAUGGUCUUCAGCCUCCCUUCAGAGCUGUGAUCUGCAGCACAGAAAAACACUCUGUUUGCUGAAAUUAAAAUACUAAUAAUGACUUUCUCUGAAUACUUAACCUGUAACAUAAGUCUGAAGGCUCAAGGCUGUGUUCCUCUGCCUCUUCCUUUCCAUUUAUUGCCCUCCUUCAAAAAAUGUAAUUCCCAACUGUUCCCAAGGGUGCAGUCUUGCUCCUCAAUCUCACCCACACUUCCAGCCAAAUCCCAGACCAGCUACAGGCUCUCUGGGUACUGUGCCAUGGAAGGAUUUUUCUCAAGACUGAGACCCUCAGAACAGGAUGAAGUUGAUCUGAGUACUGAGUCUACCAGCUCUGUUAGGUAUUCCUAGGUAAGACCUUAUGUUCCUCUCUCCUUCUUUGAGAAGACAGGGCUCUGCCUCUGCCCUGUGCCCCUCCCUGCAAAACUGACUGGAGUUAUCAAGGACAGGGGAUAUGAUAACCUACCUGCUGAUGUCCUUCAUCUUUUAAGUGCAGGUACACAAAGAAGAAAGGUUAUGGUAUGCAAUAGACUCCAGCUCUCCAGUGUGAGGGUGAGUCAGACAGGAGCUGUUCCCUUUUCACCCUCUAGUCCUCUUGGCCUGUACAGAUUAAAUCUGCCUUAACUUCUUCCCUUUUAAAUUUACUUUGGAAAUGCUUAUGGAGUGUUUUUUUUUUUUUUUUUUUUAAUAGUAUUAUUAAGUCUGUUGAACCCAAAGAGAAAUCCAACUUCUAACUACAUCUGCUUUGAAAUUGAAGUGAGAUUUCAAUUGCAUAAUGAAGUGGGUUUUGCAGAAUCUCAACUAACUGAAGUUUUUCUAGUGUUUGCUGCC